GUUUUAACUGGCUGCUCUAAGCCUUAAAGAUUAAGUUUCAUUGGGAGCUUUUCAGGUUCAAGGACAGUUAAUGGUUUGUAACUGCCUGACAAUAAACUCAACCUCAAAGUUACAUCAGCCCUGGCAGAUGCCAAAGGAUAUGAGACUGGAGGAAGAUAGUUAGAAUCUGAGCAGAAGCAAGCAGCUUCGCCACCUGCCUGGUGGACUGUGCUCUUCGUGGAAUUUAAACUUCUAAACUCUACAUAGGCAUCCUGGAAAUGGUGGUCUUCAUUAAGGCAAAGUUCAAGUCUUUAAUUAAACUUUUUAAGAAGAAAACUGUUUCCAACCUAGAUGAGGAGAGCAGAUGGACAGUCCACUACACUGCUCCAUGGCACCAGCAGGAGAACGUGUUCCUUCCCACCACAAGACCCCCCUGCGUGGAGGACCUGCACCGCCAAGCCAAGCUGAACCUCAAAUCCGUGUUGAGGGAAUGCGAUAAACUGCGACGGGAUGGCUACCGAAGUUCUCAGUACUACUCUCAGGGACCCACCUUUUCCACCAACCCUAGCCCACUCUGUGAUGAUUAUCAAGAUGAGGAUGAAGAAAUGGAUCAAAAGUGUUCUGUUUCUUCGUCAGAAGAGGAAAGACUUACUUCCAUCAGGAGACCUAAAACACCAACCUCAAGUGACUUUUCUGACCUUAAUACUCAAACGAACUGGACCAAGUCACUUCCAUUGCCAACACCAGAGGAGAAGAUGCGACAACAAGCCCAAAUAGUCCAGGCUGAUGUGGUUCCUAUUAACGUAACCGGGGAGAAUUUCGAUCGCCAGGCCAGCCUUCGGCGGUCUCUAAUUUACACAGACACUCUGGUAAGACGACCGAAGAAAGUCAAAAGGAGAAAGACUAUUACAGGAGUCCCUGACAACAUACAGAAGGAGCUAGCAUCGGGCACUGGCCAAGAGGAUGUUGGGGGUCACUCGAUGUAUACCCCAGACCACCAUUCUACACUAGAAAGGCUUGACAGCCUUCGGUUUGCAGGGCAGCGCUCCGAAACCAGGGACUCCAGCUGCCAGACCGAAGAAGUGAAAGUCGUUCCACCUUCAAUGAGAAGAAUCAGGGCACAAAAGGGACAAGGCAUUGCCGCCCAGAUGAGUCAUCUCUCAGGCUCCUCUGGGAACAUGUCUGUGCUGAGCGACUCUGCAGGCAUUGUGUUCCCUUCUCGCCUCAGCAGCGAUGCUGGUUUCCACAGUCUUCCACGCUCUGGAGCAAGGGCAAAUGUGCAGCUCCUCGAGUCAAGGCUGGGUGCCCUGGGCCCUGCAGAAGACACAGACGGCACUUUCUCCUACCAAAGGGGUCAUCCACAGGUAGAUGAGACCUUAGGACACAUGGGAGGUACCUCGAGGACUGGGACACUUCUCAGGCCCAAAUCUCAGGAGCUGAGGCACUUCGAGGGUGAAAACGGAACCAGCCCAGCAUGCAUGGUGUCUCCUCACGCGACCUACUCCACCAGCAUCAUCCCGAACGCCACACUCUCUUCCUCUUCAGAAGUGAUUGUUAUUCACACUGCUCGGAGUUCAGGGCCACUGGACAGCUCAUCGUAUGCAAAGGUAAGACCCAGAGACCAUCGCCUCUCCAGGCAUGCUAUAAAAGAAGGUCAUCAGUCUUCCAGUGGCCACUGGGAUAAGAGUCACUCCACCAUCCUUUCACAGGCCGCCUUAGAUACCAGUUCCCCUGAUGCCACCACGCUGUUGUCCCACUGUGACUCAAUGGGCUCUCUAAGUACCCCAGCAAAUAGAGAGAAUGGGUCCCAAGCUGGGGCAUAUGAUUGUAGAAACAACCUGAGCUUCCCAAGCCAUCCCCAGGAAGUGGACGGCAAGAGUGAGUCGAGUUAUUCAGGAGGCAGAAUGCACAGCAGCAUGGAGCCCUGGGAAUAUCAAGCCUCAGGUAAUGGGAGGGCUUCCCCACAGAAAACACGGUUUGCAGCACCUGGUUACUCCACUUCUGUCAGUAACCUGAGCAGCUGCAGCUUAGACCAAACAUCAGACAAAGAGGAGACCAGGUCCCUGUGCUCAGUGGACCACAACGGCUACUACACACCUGUGCACACAGGCUCUGGACACGGAUCGCGGAAUCUGUGCAAUAGCAGGGAUGGCUUUGAGAACCCCAGACAUAGUGUGAUCAAUGUUUUUGAUGGAAGAGCUCAGAAAAACCAAGCAGAUGGGCCAAAUUACCAGGAUAAAUCCCUUUCUCGAAGCAUCUCUUUGAAGAAAGCAAAGAAGCCUCCACUGCCACCCUCUCGGACUGACUCCCUCCGAAGGAUUCCCAAGAAGGGCGUCCAGUCUAACGGGCAGGUGCUAAAUGAGAGCCUGAUUGCCACGCUCCAGCACUCGCUGCAGCUGAACCUCCAGUGCAAGGAGGGCAGCUCACCCUCGCAGAGCCCCUGCAGUGACUUUGAAGAGCCCUGGCUGCCCCGCUCCCGCAGCCAGAGCACGGUCAGUGCCAGCAGCAGCAUGACUUCGGCCACCACCCCCAACGUGUACUCCCUGUGUGGGGUCACACCGUCGCAGAGCGACACGAGCAGCCUCAAGUCAGAGUACACGGACCCUUGGGGUUAUUACAUUGAUUACACGGGUGUGCAAGAAGACCCGGGGAACCCGGGAGGGGCGUGUUCCGCCAGCAGUGGGGCAGCAGCUGGAAACGGGCCAGUUCGCCACAUCCAAGAUGGGUCUAGGGCUACAAUGCCUCAAGUGCCUGGUAGUUCAGUCAAACCAAAGAUCACGUCCCCAGAAAAGUCACACAGAGUCACUUCUCCAUCCAGUGGGUACUCCAGCCAGUCCAAUACACCCACAGCCCUUACCCCUGUGUCUGUGUUUUUGAAGUCAGUGUCACCAGCAAAUGGGAAGGGGAAGGCCAAGCCCAAGGUGCCAGAAAGGAAGUCCUCUCUGAUAUCCUCAGUAUCCAUUUCUUCAUCUUCAACGUCUCUUUCUUCUAAUACUUCUACUGAAGGAAGUGGAACUAUGAAGAAACUGGAUUUAUCGGUGGCUCUUCCUCCUUCUCUUCCAUCUCCGUGUCCUGCUGAUAAGUCUCCUUUUCUGCCUCCUCCCCCUCCUCUAGCAGAUUCCUCGGGGAGCUCUCCUCUGCCUCACUCUCCCAUCUUACCCCCUCCGCCACUGGAAGUUUUAGCUCCAUUCUGUUCCGCAACUGAGGCAUGCUUUCCUCCUCCCCCAACGUCACUUAGCCGCGUUCCUCCAGAUCCAUCCGCUUCCUUUCCAUCUCCUCCACCUUUCUUACCUUCUUCAGUUCCACCACCUGCCCCACCUCUUGAUCCCAAAUUGAUGAAAGGCACCAGGCCUUCUUUCAAACAAUCUAACCAGCCAGGCUCCUCCUGUGAUGCCUUUAAACAGCCUUAUAACAAGGAGGAGCGCACUAGACCACCUAUGCCCGUAAUAACCACCGAAGCAUUACAGAUGGUACAGUUGAGGCCGGUGAAAAAGAACUCAGGAACUGAGGGAUCACUGUUACCUGAAAGAAUAUCUCAGGAAAAAUCAACUCUGGUUGUUCCACAGUAUCAUUUUAAGCCAUCUGCUUUCCUGAAAUCCCAAAAUAGCAUAAAUGAAAUGGAGAGUAAAAGCCAGACUGCUUCCGCAAAGGACUUGCUUCCAGCUCCUGCCAAGAGCGCGAGUCAGGGUCACCACGACAGUGCAGGUGAGCGUGUCGGCCUUCAGAGCCGCAGAGAUGGAGCACAGCCGACCCAGACCUCUGGAGCUUCAUUUCCAGGGACGGAUCAGCCCGGUUUGCCAACGGAGCCACAUGGCUCCUCACCCAGCAGGAAGCCGCCUCCUAUUUCAAAGAAGCCCAAACUGUUCCUUGUGGUGCCACCUCCUCAGAGAGAUUUCAGAGCGGAGCACACAGCGAACGUGAGUGAAGCCUUCAGAGACACACCCAGCCCGGCAAGGGGAGAGGUGGACUCUGUGCACAGCAAGGAGGCAAAAGAGAGUUCUGCAGCCACACCCGGUUCUGAUGAGCUGGACUCGGACAGCUCACUUCUUGAGGGAGGAGCUGCAGGAUCUGUGUCCCUUGACAGAGGGGAAGCCGAUGCCCCCAUGGUACAGCCCAAUGCCUCGCCAGCCCCCAAGCAGGAAGAGCCCAGCACCUCCGAUGAAGGCAGCGGCACAGAGAGCGGCGCGGAUGGUGUGGGCAGUGAGGAGCGACGCCUGUCUCAGGAGGAUGCAGGGGCUGGGGUGCUGGAGACAGAUGCAGCGGGUUCGUCCUCAGAGGCCUGCGACUUCCUCAAGGAAGAAGGGAGUGAUGAGGUGAUGGCCCCCAGCAGACCCAGGACCACAGAAGACCUCUUUGCAGCUAUUCACAGGUCCAAAAGGAAAGUCCUUGGCCGUAAAGAUUCAGAUGAGGAUCACUCCCGAAACCAUUCUCCCUCACCCCCAGUGACCCCCACCGGUGCUGCUCCCAACCUGACCUCCCCGAAGCAGGUGGGAUCCAUUCAGAGAAGUGUCCGGAAGAGCAGCACCAGCAGUGACAACUUCAAGGCGCUACUGCUGAAAAAGGGGAGUCGCUCAGAUACGAGUGCCCGCAUGUCAGCCGCCGAAAUGCUGAAGAACACAGACCCUAGAUUCCACAGAUCAAAGUCGGAGUCCUCUGCAGACACCCCUGAGAGCCCGUCAAGCUGUUCCCCAAGCAAGAACCGAAGGGCCCAGGAGGAAUGGGCCAAGAGCGAAGGCUUGAUGCCUCGGAGUCUGUCUUUCUCUGGUCCCAGGUACGGGCGCAGUCGCACGCCGCCCUCUGCCGCCAGCAGCAGGUAUAGCAUGCGGAACCGAAUCCAGAGCAGCCCUAUGACCGUCAUCUCGGAGGGCGAAGGGGAAGCUGUGGAGCCUGUGGACAGCAGAGCUCGCAGGGCUCUAGGAGCUGCGAGGGGAGGUUCGCUGGAUGGAAUGGCCAGGAGCGACAUGGACGAGGGCAGCCUGCUCCGGGGCGAGGAGGCUGCCGCGUCCCUGCGGGCAAAGGCUCCUGCUGACCCUGCAGACGGGAGGGCCCGCACAGAGGGCAGGAAUCCAUUAGGACAGUGUGGAGGUCCUCUGCGGGAAGAGAGUUAGGACCAAGGAUUUGACUCUCCCGGGUGUUGUUGGGGGAGAUGAGCAAUACAUCCCUCGCGGCAGCCCUGCUAGGUACCGGUCACUGGCUGGACCUGGAGCCCCUCAGCCUUUGUGCGGUGGGCCUGAGCCGGCCAGCCCAGCAGAAUAAGGGAGGGCGUAUUCAGACUCACUUGGCACUUGCCCUGGGGCUUAAAAGAAAGUAGAAGCUUAACUUCUGGAAGUGCUUCCUGGGGAAGAUUUUUUUGCUAAAUGCUAGAUGUGUGUAUGUGUGAGUGUGUGCAUUUUUUAAAAGGUUUUUAUUUAAAAAAAAAAAUACACUCACAAGCAGCAUGUACAGAAAUAGGGAAAAGAAAGAGUUAAGCCAGCUAGAGUAAAGGACUAGGUGGUAAUUGCUUUAAAAGUAUUAUGCUUAUGGAAAUUAGUGGGUUCCAUAAGAAGGGUGAGGACCACUCCUGAGAGAGAGGUGGUAGAGUUGCUGGUUCUUUCUGCCCAGAACACAUGGGUAUAUACACAAGUGCUUUUGAGGUGAGACACGUCAUGGUUAACACAAAGAAGUUGGUAAGGGGCUAACUGGUUCAGGUACUUUUUUCUGGGGAAAAAAGACUUUGUUUCUUUUUUGUAAAAAUGACAUAACAUGUGGUAAUGGCAACGCUGGGACUGGUGCCUGCUGCUGUGCAGCCACAUACGCGCAACUUUCAACCUGAUUUUUAGAGAUGUGGGUAAUUUUUAAAUGAAUUUCCUCCUUGAGUAGCAGCUGAGACCUUCUUUGAGAACUGAAAUGAUGGUGUGUACAUGCAGGGGGAGGAAGAGACGAGAGAGGGGGAGCGGAGUACGUGAUACACUGCUGGAAUGUGUUUCCUGCUUAUGAAAUAAAAUUAUUUUUCAAAAUGAAAUUUGAAAACUUGCACUACAGAACUGUGGGUGGAGCUUUUCCUUUUACAACUGUUUUUACCAAGUUGAAACUUCCAUUUGGCAAUUUCUUAUCACUUGAAACGUCAGCAUUUGCUAACUUUUGGAUAUCCUUUUGGUUACACCAAAGAAAAAAGUUGUGGCUAUUUUUCCUUUAACUGCCUGCAGUAUCAUGUCCUAAUUUACAAGGGUUUAUCAAAAUCUAUUACAUAUUAUCUUACUCUGAAGAAAAUGCUGGAUAGCUGUUGUUAGUCAAAUAAACUUGAUAAAAAUUGGCAGGGCUUGGCUAUUAAUUAGCCCUGGGAAAUGAGUUUUUAGAUUAAAAGGAUUUUUUGCAUCAUUUGGUUUGUGUGUUUUUAUAUUACUUAUAGAGUUUGCUCCUUACCUUUUCAUCUUCUCCAAUUAGAAUUUCAACUUUUAAACAUGGUAGAAAUGUAUGUAUUUAUUUUAAAGUAAAAUUCUUGUGACCCCCCACACCAUCACAGCUCUCCUGUACUUAAUCCAGUUAACCAUUGCCAUUGAGAAGAUUCCAACUCAUAGCAGCUCCAUGUUUGUCAGAGUAAAACUGCGCUCCAUAGUUUUUUGGAAGUAGAUCACCUGAAGUGCCUCUGGGUAGACUUGAACCUCCAACCUUUCAGUUAGCAGCUAAGCACCUUACUUACCCUUUUGUACCACCCCAGGAUUCCUCCCUGCACUUAGACUCCUUUAUUUGUUAGUUAAGUAAAAGCAGAGCCCUCACUUCUUGUUUUCUUUAGAAGGACCUAUGAUGACAAUGGAGCUCUGG